CAUUGGUGAUGUCGCGACUUAACCCUAACCUAAGUUUCCAAGCUCAACAUGCGUUCGUGCAUCUUAAGGAACUUGCUAAGCAUACGGCAAUUGUCGCGUGAAGCUCCUAGAAGUCAUACAUCACGAUCGUUAACGUAUUCAUGGCUAAAGCUGACGAGGAGGUUCUCGAGCGACGUGGGGAACGACUGCAAGGACGAGAAAGAUGACACGAGCAAGGACACCGAUUAUAACCUCGCGGGUGCUAUGAAUAUAAAAUACAAAGUAUUUCACGAUGAGGACGCUGACAUUAUUCUUGACGUGAGCGAAGAGCAGCAAAAGAUCCUCCUCGAGGACCUGAACAAGCAGGAGGAGGAAGUUCGUGAUCCUUAUGCCGAUAUAAAUCUGGAGCAUGGUGUUACUGGAGUAUUUGACAUCGAUCAACUCGUUGAGUUACUGGAAAGAGAUAAAGCCAAGAACAUCUUUGUCGCUUCCGUUCCCAAGGAGUACGCUUACGUGGACUACAUCAUUGUUGCAACUGGAAAUUCACAAAAGCACAUGAAAGCUUUAGCCACCUUUGUACGCAAGGUUUACAAACUGAAAAGAUAUGAAAAUGAGUUGAUACCUAAAAUCGAAGGAGAGAAGUCAAAAGAUUGGAUGGCCUUGGAUUUAGGAAAUAUCGCUCUGCAUAUCUUAUCUGUCUCUGCUAGAGAACAAUACGACCUGGAGACUCUAUGGACUGUCGGUUCGCAAUACGAUGAUAAAACCAAUGCAUCUGAAGAAUCGAGUAUUAUGGAUCAGUAUAACGCCUUUUUAGCUGAUCUCCAACCGGCCGAUGAUGGUCGAUGAUUUAUGCGCGUCUUUUAAUGUAAAAAUUCUAAAUUAGUCUAAUAAAAAAAAUGAUACAAUU